AUGAAUGCUUCAACUGAUCCGUAUCGUUUCCUCAGGAAAAAGGUUGCUGUUGUCGGCAGCGGCUCUGCUGGAAUUGGCGCCUUGUGGGCCUUGAACAAAACAUAUCACGAUGUCUACGUCUACGAAGCUUCCGAUAGGCUUGGCGGCCAUACAAACACGGUCGAUUUCACAAAAGGGAAAUUCUCAACAAAAGUUGACACUGGUUUUCAUGUUUUAAACGCCCAAACAUCUCCCAAUUUCAUCCAAUUCUUGGAAAGGAUCAAUAUCAAAACAUCACCUACAGAUCUAUCUUUCAGUGUAUCUCGGGAUUGUGGCGCCUUUGAAUGGGCUGGCUCCAGCCUGACCUCAUCAUUUUGUCAAAGAAGAAAUCUCCUAUCACCGCGCAUGUGGAGGAUGCUUUUUGACAUUAUUCGUUUCAACCAAUUUUCUGUCGAUCUACUAAGUAGAGACGAAGAUGAUAUCUCCAACAUUGAAGUCAAGAGCAAGCCCACUAACACUAUUGGUUACGACUUGACCAUCGGGCAGUACCUGGACCAAGAGGGUUAUUCACAAGCAUUUAGAGAUGACUAUCUUCUUCCACUAGCAGCGUCAUUAUGGAGCACGAGUCCAGACAAAUGUGCCAUGGAGUUCCCUGCUCUGACCUUUGUUCGAUUCCUUUGGAAUCAUGGACUGCUAUCGACAUUUGCAUCGCGUUCACAAUGGUUGACAAUAGAGGGCGGUUCUAAAGCUUACCUCGAUGCUGUGAUGCGGGGUUUCCCUCCAAAUCACUUAUUUCUCAAGACACCUGUGAGGCGUGUCACUACUGAAAGCAACGGUCAAGUUCGACUCCAUCUGGAGAAUGGUUCAUCAGCUCUCUACGAUCAUGUCAUCAUUGCCACCCACGGCGACGAAGCCUUCGAUAUCAUCAAGUCUUCUGCCACCGAGCAAGAGCGCUCCAUCAUGUCUUGCUUCAAGACGUCCCAAAACGAAGUGGUUCUCCACUCCGAUCUGGAUAUGAUGCCUCGACGUAGGAAGGCCUGGGCUAGCUGGAAUUACCUCACGCUAUCAUCACCAUCAUCACGAAAAGCAAACAUAAACCAGGUAUCGCUUACAUACAACAUGAACCAUCUUCAGCACAUCCCCCGGAACACCUUUGGAGAUGUCUUGGUCACCAUGAACCCGCUUCGAAAGCCAAAACCAGCUAAAACUCAAGGACGUUAUUACUACUCCCAACCGAUUUACACGACAUCUUCGGUCCGGGCACAAAAACUUCUCAAGCACAUCCAGAACACCAGAGGUAUUAGUUAUGCCGGUGCUUGGACAAAGUACGGUUUCCACGAAGACGGUUUCAGCAGCGGACUCGAGGUCGCCCAAGACCAUCUGGGUGCGAAGCUGCCAUUUCAGUAUACCGACUCUUCUUGUAGCCGUGGUAAGAGACCUCUUGUUGGGCUCUUGGAUCUCCUGCUGCGCUUGGCCAUAUUGAUCAUCCAAGUCUUUGUGAUUCAGAUCCUCGAACGUUUAACGGGUAGCGGUGUUCCCAAGCGCCAAAGGGUCGUGAAUGGCAAGAGCGCAAGGUUCGUCAACGGCAAGCACCGAUAA